GCAGUGUCGCAGCAGCGGCGGCUCCCUCGUUCUUCUGCUCUUCACACAAGCGCUCUUCCCAAUAGCUCGUUGUCCGGGUUGUGUGUGCGAACGAGAAUUUGUAUUGUUUGAACUAACGUCAUGGCUCUGCUUACCGUGCGUCUUGCUGCCUCGGUGGCGAGACAGCUGCCCAGUACCCAGGUGAGCUGGCCUGCUGCUGCUCUUGCCUCCAGGAAGUACCAUGUCUCCUGCAGUCGAAGAUCUGCUGAAAUCUCUUCUAUUCUUGAGGAGCGUAUCCUCGGCAGCAGCACCAAAACCAAUCUCGAGGAAACAGGCCGUGUACUCAGUAUUGGUGACGGUAUUGCCCGUGUCUAUGGUCUCAAAAACAUCCAAGCCGACGAGAUGGUGGAGUUCAGCUCUGGUCUUAAGGGUAUGGCCUUGAAUUUGGAGCCCGACAACGUUGGUAUCGUCGUCUUCGGUAACGACAGGCAUAUCAAGGAAGGUGACAUCGUCAAACGUACUGGUGCUAUUGUCGAUGUGCCAGUCGGUGAAGAGCUACUUGGUCGCGUCGUUGAUGCUUUGGGUAACCCCAUUGACGGCAAAGGUCCACUUGGUAGCAAGCUGAGGUUCCGUAUUGGUACCAAGGCUCCUGGUAUCAUUCCUAGGGUAUCCGUACGAGAGCCUAUGCAGACGGGUAUCAAGGCUGUAGACUCUCUGGUACCAAUUGGUCGUGGUCAGCGUGAAUUGAUCAUUGGUGACAGGCAAACUGGUAAGACUGCUUUGGCCAUCGACACCAUCAUCAACCAGAAGCGUUUCAACGAGGCCGGAGAGGAAAAAAAGAAACUGUACUGUAUUUACGUUGCCAUUGGUCAGAAGCGUUCCACCGUCGCUCAAAUCGUCAAGCGUCUUACCGAUAGUGGUGCUAUCAAUUAUUCCAUCAUCGUUUCGGCUACCGCUUCCGAUGCCGCUCCCCUGCAAUACCUUGCUCCUUAUUCUGGCUGUGCCAUGGGUGAAUUCUUCAGGGAUAAUGGCAAACACGCCCUAAUCAUUUAUGACGACUUGUCUAAGCAGGCUGUAGCCUACCGUCAAAUGUCCCUGUUGCUUAGGCGACCCCCAGGUCGUGAGGCCUAUCCCGGUGACGUAUUCUACCUUCACUCUCGUCUUCUCGAACGUGCAGCCAAGAUGAAUGAGUCGCUAGGUGGUGGGUCUCUCACUGCCUUGCCCGUCAUUGAGACCCAAGCCGGUGACGUGUCCGCCUACAUUCCCACCAACGUCAUCUCUAUCACUGACGGACAAAUAUUCUUGGAAACCGAAUUGUUCUACAAGGGUAUCCGACCUGCCAUCAACGUCGGUCUUUCUGUCUCCCGUGUCGGAUCUGCUGCCCAGACUAAAGCCAUGAAGCAAGUCGCUGGUUCCAUGAAGCUGGAGUUGGCCCAGUACCGUGAGGUAGCCGCCUUCGCCCAGUUCGGUUCUGACUUGGACGCUGCCACCCAGCAACUACUCAAUCGUGGUGUUCGUCUUACCGAGCUGUUGAAACAGGGACAGUACGUGCCAAUGGCUAUUGAAGAACAGGUCGCCGUGAUCUACUGUGGUGUCCGAGGAUACCUCGACAAAAUGGACCCAUCAAAAAUCACUACGUUCGAGAAGGAAUUCCUUGCGCACGUCAAAUCCACACAGCAAGAUCUCCUUGCUACCAUCGCUAAGGAAAACAUCAUUAGUGAGGCGUCAGACGCUAAGUUAAAGAAGGUCGUCACUGACUUCUUGGCCUCGUUCAACGCGUAAAUCUCCAUCAUCCUGUCGACAACCACCAAACUCAGCCGUGACUAAUUAGUUUAUAACAGUUGUUGCUGCUGCUGUUGCUGCAGCAUUGCUGAUCUGUUUUGUUUUCUUUUCUAGUGCCUGCGCGCGUUAUUACCUUUCGAGCUUAAAGCUAAAAAUGUAACAAUUACGCGCUCGCGCGCGGAGAAAGGUACCACGAGAUGAAUGAAUAUGCAAACUUAACAUUCGAACGAUAAACUCGAUAGUCAUAUAAACAUGUUACACACGAUACACGUUGGUUCUUCAAUAAAAAACAAGUACAAGAUUAA